GUUUUGUCUCAAUAUUAUUAUUCGCCUAGUUCUAAUGUUCGCAUUCAGUGUUACUGUUACUAAAUACGUUUAUAAAUAAUGUUAUUACCGCUGUUGUUUUUUUUAAACAUAAUUUUGAACAUCGAUUUUGUCAUUUAUUAAUUCCUGAACCAAACGUGUAAUUGACAGUAGGUCAAUCAUAUUAUCAAAAUCUGUUUUAUUUCAACAGUCCAAAAUGGGUAUAAACAUCGAAAAUAUUUUAAAUGAAAUAAAAUUUGAUCAGAAAUUAAUAAGUGUGUUUGAUACGUAUAACAAAUACAUCAACUAUCGAUUCGACUAUCUCAUCAGAACAAGUAUUACUCAAACACCUGAUGAACUCAAUCAUAACGUUGACUAUUCUAAAUUUGAUCCAAGUCAACAAAUUUUACUAGCUUGCAUAAAUAGUAAUAAUAAUGUAAAAGAUAUUGCAAAACUGCGAGAAGAAUUAAAAACCUUAACAACAGAAGUCCAUGCAAAAAGAAAAGAAUUGAGUAUAAUUUCUAUUAAUGAGGAAGGAUUGAGAAAAAAUAUUAAACACUUAGAAGAUAUUAUAUCAAUAAAGGAAAACUUUGUUCGUGAAACUGCUAAUUAUGCAGAAAUUAGAUGUAAUGCAAAACACAAAGUUCAAAAAGAAUAUUGUAGAAUAUUAAAAAAAUAUAAUAAAAUCUUAAGUGAGUUGAACAAGUCAAAUAAAAUGACAAAAACAAAUUCUAGUAAUGGAACCAGCAAACAUUCAGAUUAUGGAGAACGAAUAAAUGAAAAAGUUUUACGAUAUGAAGCUAAAAUUAAAAAAAUGGAUGACGUGAUAAAAAUUGCUGGUGAAAGUAAAGAAAAAUUAGUACAAUAUCAAACUGCUUUACAAACUUCUAAUGAUCGUUUACAAAUAUUUUAUGACCAAUUGACUAAUCAACUAAAAAAUAAACAAAGAAUUGCAUUAAUAUUAAUAGAAAAUGAUAAGCGAAUUAAUCAAUUAAAAAUGUAUUUAUCUAAUUUGGGAGUUAUAUCAAGUAUUGAAAAAAGUAGAGUUCAUACAUCUUCAAACUUGAUUGAAAAUGACAAUUUAAAAAAAGAAUUUUUAGAAUUGCGAGAUAUGAGGACUGCAGUUUUAAGUUCACGGCCUAAAGGGAUGUUCAAUCCAAAGUAUCAAAAGGAAGAUAGUUUAUCCAAAGAAGAUAUACGAAAAUAUUUAGAAAAUGAUGAAGCAAUUGAUACAAUAGACUUUUUAACAGAAUUAAAAAAUAAUGAAGUGUCCAAUAAUGAAACAAACUUAUUAAAGUAUAUCCAAAUGAAUUCAAAUGAAUCCAAAAUUUUCUGGAAAUGUAUAUCAACUUUAAGUAUAGAUGAAAUGAAAAAGUUGUUGGUACAUUAUUUUAUAAAAGUCGUUGAUUUAAAAGAAUCUGGUCGAGAAAAUGAUGAACUAAUAUCUAAACUUGAUGAAAAUAAUGAUAGACAAAGGCAUACUAUUGUGUCAAUAAAUAACAAUUAUCAAGAAUUUCAUUUGUCAAUUGAGAAAAAAUUUGCAUCUUUAAAAAAAUACUAUCAAGAAAAAGUUGAUACGUUAUUCCAAGUUGUACAAGAAGAAAAAAAUGCUAUUACUUUGUAUAAAAUGAAACAAGAAAUUAACGCACUCAAAAAAAAAAUAAUUGAAUUGGAGAAAUCUCAAACAGUAAAACCUAAAGGGCCUUCAGUAAUUCCAGAACCCCAUGUCUGUUUGGAUCAUCUAGAAGCAUCAAAAUCUGAGGCAGAAACUGUGUCAUCUGCCAAAAUAACAUACCACAAAAACAAGUUGAAGAUACAAAAAAAUAAAUCUAAAUUAACUCAAACAUAAAAAUCUAAAUACAUAAGAAAUUCUUAUUAUUCGAAUUAAUAUAUAUAAGUGUGUCUUGACUUUACCUUC